AACCUUUAGGCAAACUUAUUCAUAGAUUCUCUCUCUCACCAUACUUUAAUUUCCUCUCUCUCUCACCCAACUUCCUCUGUUUUCUUCCUAAGAAGAAAAAAGGAGAGCAAAGUUUGCAAGUGAGGUAAUGAAGAUAUUAGGAAGAAGAAGCUGCCAUGGAGAUGAAAGAUCAUGUGAAGAAGAAGAUAAAGAAGAGACCCAAAUUGAUGAUGAUGAUGAUGAAGAAGAAGCAUUGUCUCUGUGUGACCUUCCUGUUAAAGAAAAGCAGCAGCCAUCGAGAUCGGUAUCGGCCACCAUCGUCGAAACAGAAGAUUUCGAUUUCAACAACUGGCGGCCGCCACCGUCGCCGAUGUUGACGGCGGAUGACUUGUUCUUUCAAGGACAUAUGCUCCCUCUACGUCUCUCAUUCAGCUCUGAAAAUUCCCAGAAUAAUAAUGGAAAUUUGUGGAGUAGAUCGGAGUCUAUGGAUCGUAAUAAUAUGUUGCGGUUUAGAAAUGGCAGCACCAGUAGCAGUAGCAGUAGAAGCCAUUAUUCAAGGUCAUCAAGUCUAAGUAACAAUUCCAUUUCCAUUCCAACAACAAACACAAAGCCAAGACCUUCAAACAACAACGUUUUCCACUCUCACCCAAGUCCAACCCCCCAGAUCAGAUCCUUCUCCACAUCCAGCCAUCGAAGCCGGAGUUCCUCUCGAUGGGAGUUUUUCCGACUCGGACUUCUCCAAACGCCAGGAAUGGAGCUUCAAGAUCUCAAAACUCGCACCACUACCACAACCACGACAACGAUGACGACGCAUAAAACAACUGCAUCAAUUCUGGGUGUGGUGAGCUGCAAAAGAUCUGUUGAUACGGUACCAACGACGACAGGAUCGUCGAAUAAUAGAAUAAGGAGGGAAAAUGUUUUGAAAAAGAAUAACAAUAAUAAAGUUGAAAUUAGGGAAAAGGAAAAGGAAAAGGAAAAGGAAAGAAGAGUGUCACAUCGUCGAACAUUUGAAUGGCUAAAGCAGCUCUCGCAUGCAACCUUUGGAGAAGAACAAUGAUAAUAAUAAUUGAGCCGUUACGUUUAA